AUGAAACAAUUUGUUGCGAUUCCAUCGACGAGUCGACAAAAUGGGAAUAUUAUGAAGCAACCACUGAUUGGACAAAUAUUCACAAUGAAUGGUGAACCACCGCCAAUUCCACCGUAAGUCCAGAAUUAUGAGGGGAAGGGGGGAAGUUUGAAGAUUAACUCAAAUCAACGAUUUGUAGUUGGUGGGCAUAUGAGUGUGUGUAAAAGUGUGAGAAAAAUUAGAUCUAGUGUGGAAUUUUCAGAUAAUUCUUUUUGAAAUAGAAAGUUGUAAAAAAAAUUUUCGAAUUGUUUUAAGAUUCAAUUUUCAGAAUAAAUUAGAGAUUUAAGAAAAAAAGCCCUUUGGUUUAUUGACAUUUUUUCAAUAAACCAAAAGGCUUUUUUUGAAAUUCGUGGAUUACUGUAUCUUUAAAAAAAAUGAUGAUUCUCUGUUGAAAAAUAAUUUUGAAUUACCGAACUUCAAGAUUCAAACCCUGAAAAUCAAAAAAUUUCAUAAAUAUUUCAAAAUUAUAAAUCAACGCAAUAUAUAUAUAUAAUAACUCAUAUUUUUUCAUUCAUUUUUUCAUUCACACCGCAAAUAUUUUUCUCACUUUUUUCGCGAACAUUCUUCAUUUUCAUCUCAACUAAUAGUUGUCAAUAAAUAAAUGUGUCCAUCCUUCUUUUUUUUGCUAUUUCAAUUUUCAUUUUCAUUUUCACUCUGAAAAAAAAAACGGACGAGAAGAGUCGAAUAAAUAAUAACAUAAAAUGGGUCGGCGGUGAAAAAAAAAUUGAGAGGAUCCUCUCGUUCAGAAGAAUCGUCGUCGUCGUCUUCAUUUAUUAAUAUAUUUUUCUUAUUCUGAAAAAAGACAUUCUAGAAUAGCGAUGGCAAAUCUAAUGAGCAGAUAUUUGACCAAUUUGGUCAUUCCAAAUUUCGAAAAAUAUCGAUAUCAGUGAGUUGUUUUUCUUUUGUUUUUCAUUUAUUUGAAAUGUCCUUUUUGUGCUCUUCCGAGCUCCAAAUCUAAUUCAAAUAUUCGAAAAAGCUUUUAUGAAAAAUUAAACUAAAUCGCGUGAUUAACAGCAAUUAGACUUUAGAACACUGAAAAAAUAAAUAUGCUGAAAUUUUUCAUUCAAACGAUGAUGAUGUGUUUCAGAUCGCUUCCACAAUCUUAUCGUGAAUCGGAAUUCUCGCAGCGAAAUUCAAUGCAUACAGCAAGAUCGACAAAGUUAGAAGAGUUAGUUUUGAGGGAAAACUGGGGGAUUUCUUUAGCGUGAACUUUUUCCGGGUAGAAAAAAUCAUUUUCAUUAAUGAAAAAAUCAAGAGCAAAAAAAAUAAACGUGAGCUCUUGUUUUUCAAGAAAAAAAUACAUUAGGGAAUCAUUUUUGAAUUUUGAGAAAUUCGAUUACGGUGAAUAUUUCAAGGAAAAUCUAUGAUGAGAUUGUGAACGAGGAGUUUCAAGUUAUUUUUUCAAGGGGUUUGAAAAAUAUUGGGAGAAAUUCAAGCGACGUUGAUUUGUGUAGACGUGGCGCCUUGUCAGAUUGGCUCACAAGCUGCUACUCCUUGACAGAGAGGUCUUCAAGUAGUAGCUCCUUGUUCAAUAUAAAAAAGUUCCCAACAAUUUUAAUGAUACACAGACGAAAUACGCAGACGACCAGAGAAUAUAGUCAAUGAAAGAUAGUUUCUCAUUAUUUUCAAAUUUGUAUUAUGAUUCAUCAAAAUCUGAAUUUGAAUAUCCUAUUCCAGUUCGCAACAUAAACAUAUACAAACUCGAAAUUGUGUGCAAAAAAACGAGUUUUGUGUUGGUUAUUGAAUAAUCCGUUUACUCACAACACCACCAUCAUCUUCUUGUCGUUCUUCCUUCUUUUUUUUCUCAACUCCGUUUUUUUCGGUCAUUUUUGAGCCGGAUAAACUUGAACCACUAAACAAUUGAAUUCUUCUUCUUCUCCUUCUUCCCGCUUUUCCUUUGGGGUACUCUCAUUGUUUUAUUCAUUUUUCUGCUGUGUUCAUCUUCUUUUUUUCUGCGAAGAAGCUUCGAGGAAUUUUGUUGUGUUUGAUUUGACAACAUUAAUCCACGAGUUUCAGGCUCGCUUGAUUUUUGAGAUUUUGAAGACAGAUGAUUUUUUCUCAUUUCAAAGAAAUAAAUAAAUACAUCUGGACGGUGAUUUUUGUCAAUAAAUUUUUAGAUUCGAAAAAAAUGUUGCGAUAUUUUUUUGAGUGAUUUUUGAGUGGAGAACUUUGAAGAGACUAAAAUUUUUAGAGCUUUCAGAAAUUCAGAGAUCUUCGAAAGCCGGUUUGAUAGAACUUUUGAGAUUUCAGAAAUUUUGUUGAAAACUCAGAAAUUUAACAUGAGAAAUGAUGAUAUUUCAAGAGAAUCAUAGCAUUACUCAUUUUAAACUUUUAAAGAACCUAUUAGAGCUGAUUUGCCAAUAGUUGGAUAGAUGUUAUAAAUUCCCAGAGUCUCAAACAGUUUCAUUUACACCACAAAAACAACAGAAAUAACAAUGUUUCCAAAAUUCCUCAACUUCUCUUUUUUGUUAUAUUUCUUCUUCUUUUUUUUGUUUCGGUCGGACCUUUUUUGGUAUGUGUGCUAGUUAUGAAUAAACUAUUGAAACGCACUUUUCACAACUCGUUUUCUGCUUACUUUUUGGCGCUUCUUUUUGACUUUGACUCUUAGAGCAUAUACUAUUUUUGGUACAUAUUGUUUUUGUUUUUCCACGAGAGCAGGUUAGGAAAUUGUUAGGAAAUUAGGUUAGGUUAUUAUUGGAAAUUCGUAGAAACAGAAGUAUUUUGGUAUCUAGGCAUAAAAUGUGAUCGUUAAAGUUUUAGGAGGGACUUGGAGCUUUGCCGAAAUUUUCGGCCAAUUUUUCAAGGGACCGUUUUUUAUGUAAAAUUACUGUAGUUUUUGCUGACCCAGGAUUUAUGCUUGCAUUACUAUAGAUAAAUAUUGCCGAGAAAUUCAAGUUUUUCAAAAUAAUCAAAAAACGAAUCCAGAAAAAUGAUAAUAAAUCUCAUUUUAGUAGAUAAAAAAAGGUCAAAAUUCAAUUUCGAAAAACACGCGGCUGUUCUUUUUUCGGAGGAAGUCUCCGAAUUUUUAUUUGAUUUUUUCCAACACUUCUGCUGCUCAUAGAUACUUGUUUUUCUCUUUUUUUCAUGUUCGGUUUUGUUUCAAUUUUGAGUUGAGUGAAAAAAGAAAGAGAUAAAAUAAAUUGAGCAGAAGAAAGAGGAAUGAAAUCAUAUCACAUUUCAAAGUUGCGUGUAAUUUUUUGAUUGAACAUGAUCUUGACAUUUGAUAUUUUUGAGUUGAGCACUACUGAAUCAAAAUUGUUUUCGAGUCUGUUCGGCAUUCUUGCAAGCACCUUUCCCAAAAAAAAACCAAAAAGAAGUCUCUUUUUCUGACGCCGUAUUGGUUUUGUUGUUUUGCCUCACCGCUUCUGAACUGCUCAAUUAUUCGAGUUUCGAAAAAACGAAUUUUUCUCGUCGCCGACAGCGCAAAAAAUAAAAUAUAAUUCAUUUUUCAUUUUUUCUUGGUUUCUUCUUCUUAUUCUCUUUUUUGUGCUUUUUCGGAGCUGCGACUGCGAUUCAUUGAAAUCUAAUCUGUUUUUUCUUUAUUUUCUGCAACAAUCUUCAAUUUUCAACACUAUUUCGAUAUCUCUUUUUUUUUGGUAUGUGUGUUGGCUGCCCCACUUUUUAUUUGGUGUACCUUUUCGUUUCCGCCCUCUUUUUCUUGACAUUUUCAAGCACGUAUCAUUUUCAGUCUUCUAAUGGAAAAUCAAAGAAGAUGAAAGAAAUCUUUUGGCAGUUGAAAAGUCAAACUUUUUGUCUUGUAGCUUUCUUAGAAACAAGACCAUGAGCAUAAUUGAUGGAGUUGUCCUUUUUUCGCGCCCGUCUUCUUAUGUCAGCUUCUUCAAGGUGUUCUUCAUUUUUUUUUGUUUCGAAGAGAAGAGCUUGCAAAAUUGCGGAUUUUCCAAAAAAAGGCUUCAGAAUUUCGAAGUUGAAGUUUGUUAGUUUGACCAAAAAUACACAGUGUGUAAUUUUUUACCCAAAAUUAGUAACCCUCAAUUUUCUAAAUUCUUUCGUUUUUUUUUGUUUUGAAAAAUGAAAACAUGUUUUUUUCGUCAAAAAAGUCAACGGAAAAGUGAGAUAUUUAGAGAAAAAUCUUUUUUUUUUGAUUUUUGGGCAAAAAAAUGUUUAGAAAUUUAGGAUUCUAUUAAUUCCCAUUUUGUUUAACUUCCAAAAAAUCAUAGUCUCUCAGUUUUUAGCUUCAUUUUCUUUUGGAAAGUUCGAGAAAAUAUGAAUGUUUUCUCUAAUCCUCUUCUCCUUCCAUUAUCUCUCUCUCUCUCUUCCUCCCUUUCUCUAUUUCUUUUCUUUUCUCUGCGUCUCUAUCAAUUUUUAUCAAAAAUAAAAUUUAGGAAGAUUAUGAUCACGGCCCGAUAAUGUUUGCCCGUGCCAAAUUUGCCCAUCGCAUUUAUCGGUGAGUUUCUCCUCAUAACACACAAGUCUCUCUGUGUUAUUCUCUCUGGUCGUCUGCCUUAUCUUCUCAAAAAACACUGCGGAAAAUGUCUGCUUCCGUGGCGCAAUAGGCAGCGCGUUCGGCUGUUAACCGAAAGGUUGGUGGUUCGAGCCCACCCGGGAGCGAAAUUUUUUGUUGGAAAAAUUUUUGUUGAAUGGGAAGAAGUUUUUUUUCUGGGGCCACAUUUGUCUUAUGGCCGCAGGGUAAAAAGGAUUAGUUUUAUGCGCAAAAAGGUCAUUUUGUACAUACUCGUAUUCCUGAAUUCUCUCUUUUCGGAAUUCUAAAAAUGUUUGAAAUGCGAAAAUCAGUUUGUUAUCUGGAUGCGCUGCUUCCGACGAGGUUUGUGAACAGUGAAAAAAACAGGAAAAGUUCUAAAAAAACAUGGGCUCAUUUUUGUGGGUGACUAAAAUGGAAUUGUAAGUUUUAGUUGCGGGAGUAGGAAGGGAGGGUGAAACUCGAGUUACAUUUCAAAAAAUUCACCGAAAAAUAUACGUUUCAAAAAUUGAAUCAAUUAUUUUUAGAAAAAACUGGUUUGCACAAAAUACCGUAAUCGAAUCAUUUGAUUUUUUUUGCGAAAUACUAGAUUUUUUGUCUCAUAACUUCAGUAAAAUAAUUUCCAACUCCGAAAAAACACCCCUGUCAUUUAUUUUGUUGCAUUUUCUUGUGUUGUUGUGGUUGUUGUUUCAAGUGUUUGUAAAAAAGGAAAUAUGUCGAAAAAUAAGGAGCGAAGAGAAAAAAAGAAGAGUUGAAAAAGUUGGAGUUGGAAAUGAAUCCCUCCGGGGAACACUGACCCCUCUUCAACUUUUUGCCUCUUCUUUGCCUUUUUCCACCACUAUUUUUUUGAGAAUCACACCAACUCGUCUUUUCUUCUUCUUCUUCCCCUUUUUUGGCGUUUUUCUCACCAAAAAAUCUGAGAGGCGGAGCAAGAAGGUUCAAAACCACUUUUUGUCUAGUUUUGUGUGUGAUUUUUCAUGGGUUGACGUGGGUUUUCUGAUUGCAGCUGUUUUCGAGUUUAGCAAAGAUUUUUUCAAUUGAAAACUAGUAAAGUCAGAUUUGGAGAAUCCACGUGGAUUUUUGAGUAAAUCUGUAGUUCAGAAUGAUUUAUGUGAAGUUUCAAAAUCAACGUGGAUCUUCACGGAAAUUUCUACUCAUUUUUUAAUUGCCUAAUUUUUUAAUGAAAAAAAAACACAUGACACGUGUUCUGUUAGGAAUAGACUUUCUAGAAUUCACGUUCAAGAAUUUCGAAAAAAGUUUGAAUCUCGAUAUUUUCAGAAUUCAACUCUGAUUGUUUCAAUUUCUAAAUUCUACAGAUCCUUCGAUGAUUUGAAAGUCCUCGAUUUUUCAAAAAAAUUUUCAAAUUAAUUUUUUAUCUGAUUUUUUCUAGAAGUUUUAUGAACUUUGAGCUCUUCAAAUUUUGUAAGUCCACGUGGAUUUUCAAUUGAAAAAUUAAAAAAAAAUCAGAAAUGAAUUCCAAAAAUUCAAAGUCACGUUUCCAGAAUUAAAAACAUUAGUAUUCUCCAAUCAGAACCCAGUCCAGCCCUAUCAAUAUAUUUUUUGCAAAUUCUGUUCCUCUGCCAUUUUUUCGCUCCUCGAGGAUCCAUGUCAGAUUUUAUACCCAUAGACAUUUAUAUAAAUCAGAUUAGCAUAUGUUUCUUCUCCUUCUUUUUUUUCUGUUUUCCAUCUUCAGCUUCAGCUUCAGUUUCUUCUUCUUGUUUUUAUAUAUCCGUUGUCUUUUACCCUUUCCUCUCCUUUUUUUGUUGGUGUGCUCAUUUGUGAGCUCACACCACUUUUUUAUCUGAUUAUGGUUGGCCGACGAGAGGAGCUAUGGAAGAAAAAAAGCAAAAAGCUGUACUUUUUACUGGGUUCGGGUUCGGGUUAGAUUAAUAGGUUUCUAUUUUCCUGAUCUUUUUUCUUCAGACCCCUGCCUGGCCCAUUUUCAAAAAAUGAAAACAUAAUUUUUUUCUUUUCCAAUAAAAAAGUUCAGCUCAAAGUUUUGCGGACAUAUAAUUGCUCACAUACACACUUCAUAGUAUAUAUUCAAUUAAGAAAAAAUAUCCCUAUAUUCUUUUUUUUUUCUUCAUUUUCUUCCCUUCAUGCUCUGUUCUUUUUUCUCUUACCCCACCAAUUGUCGCCAAUUUACACAAAGAAAAAAGGAGGAGCGAAGAGACAAUAAAAUUUUGACAUGAAUCUUCAUCUUGUUUUUUUUUGUUGUUGGAAAUUUUUGAAUUGGAUCAGGGCGGCCUUUUUUUUGAGCAAAUACUUAUUUUCCAAAAUUUUAGUCCGAUUCAAAAGGUUUUGUUAUUCUCACAUUCUAAUUAUCAUUCUCAACCCGAAUUUUUAUCUUCCCAGUUUUCCGCAACUCAUUCAUGAAUCAAUGUGGUGUCUGCGGAAUAACAAAACCAUCAACAUCAUCGACAACACAAAUCAAUCGAUUUCACAAAUUUUAAAUAGGCAUCGAGACGAACAACUAAUACUAGAGAAGGUGGUGGUCGCCGCCAAUUUGGCGACACCAAUUUGAAAAUGCUUAACCCACUUUAUAUGAAACAUCGAGCAUCGACACCAUGUCCACCAUCUUCACAUCAACCUUCUACUUCAAGACAACAUCGACCGAGUUCGCCGGGUUUAUCGAUGGGUCCGCCAUCAUCGCCACCUUCACUUUUUAAUUUACAACAAAUUGCGAGUGGAAGUGUUGUACUUCCAUUAGCAGACGAUGCUGAAGAAUUGAGGUAAGUAGAGUGAUUUGGAGUUUUUUCGGUGAAUUUUGAAAUGUAAUUCGAGUUUUCCGCAAGCGAAAAAUUCUGAAAGUCGAGUUAAACAUUUUUUUUUUUGAAUUUCUGAAUUAAUUUUUUUCAAUUUUCCGUUCAUUCGAGAGUCCUCGUGUUAGUCUAAUAACUGAAUUAUCAAAGUUCGAAAAAAUUUUUUUUGAGUGUUUUGUCAAAACUCCACGGACUCCUACUACUUUCAAAAUAUAUCAUUUUUGUUCGAAAAAUAUUUGAAAAUUAAUUUCUCAAAAAUUUUACGUUUCAAAAAUCACGUAUUAUUUGUAAAUGUUUUCUUCUGGAAUUUUUAUUUCAUAAUUAAAAUUCUAGUUCAUUAGAGCGCACUUGCUUUUCAAAAAUUAGGUAAUCCAAAAAUAGUCCAACUUUUCUGUUCCUCUUCCAAUCUCCUUCAGUUUCUCCUUCAGUCUGUCAUAAAUCUUUUCGCCUCGUUUUUUUUCGUUCCGUUUUUGGUUCCUCUGUCCAGAGAGCCCAAAUAAACGCGCAACAAAAACAGACAGGAGAAAAACGAGGCAAAAACGACAGACGAGGAUAGAUAAUAGAUGAUGGGCAAUUAGUGAACAACAAAAAAACGAAAGAAAGAAGUAUGUGUGUGUGUGUUGUAGGCAAAGGAACAUUUCUGCGAACUACGACAGUUUUUUUUCUGAGAAUUCAGGGAUUCGGUGGAAUAACAAAGUAAGGGGGUUUCCGGUCAAUUACACGAACCUGAAAUCGAAAAAAAUCGAAAAAUGCAUUAUGUGCCACAUGAUAAAUAAUUUACACGAACAACUACUACUUUUCCUCUUACAUGACUUUGUAUUAGUUUUGUUCACUCCUUUUUUUUGCAAAAUAAUUCUCAUAUUAUUAUUUUUCUAUUAUGAAUGUUCAUGGUAGAUUAUCUGCACAAUUUUAUGGAUCAGAUUGGAUUCCACCAAGUAGUCGAUUCAGAUUAAGCAGACAUUUGUAGGUUUUUUGGGGAGCUAGCUUCUAAAAAUAGACCACUUCAUUCAUCAAAGUGAUUCGCAAAGUAUAACAAUAAAAUGAACUCUGUUAAACUACCCAAUUAACCGAAAUGUUCUUUUCUUUUUCUUCUUCCUCCAUUUCUUCUCAUUUCAUUUCAAAUAAUGACCACUAAAAUAAAAUAAAAUAAAAUAAAAUGAAAUGAAGCUGACUGAUUUCGAGAAUUACACACUUCAUGUCUUGUUCUUUCAAUUCUCUUUUUUGACGUAUACAUGUCACCUGUUAGGACAACAAUUUUGAAACAAAACAAAACAAAACAAAAACAUAGGAAAUGGGGGGAAAUCAUUCAUUUUUGCGGAAAGUGAGUGAUGCGCGAACUCUAAUCUUUUUUCGGACACACAAACAAACACAUGUUGGUUGCUGGAAAAUGGGCAAAAAAAAUGUUUGUAGAAUUUUUGGAGGCCUGUUGAAAUAAUUUGGGCGGGACCUUCAAAACUAUUUUUCGAUCUGAUCAAAAAAUUCUAAAAUUAAAAAAGCUGCCAGGAGUUUUGGAGUUCAAAAUUCCAAUCUGACAAAAAAAUCCGAAGCUGAAUUUUCAGACACUGAAAACAAUACAAUUUCCAUAACCCCAAUUUUUUCAGCGCGGAACGAUUGAACUUGUAUUUGGAUAAAAAUGAGGGUGAGAUCGAGAAUUUGGAUGAUGAGCCUGAUGAGCCGGUGGAGAAGAAAGCUAGAUGGAAAAGGGUUGGUUAUUUUUGGGAUGUGGAAAUAGUUUUGAAUGUUUUUGAUUUUCGCAAAUAUAAAUUGAAAAGUCGAAAUAGAAGUUCAGGAUAAAAAUCAGAAAACAUAAAAAACAUGUGGCUCAAAAAAUUUCACAUUAAAUUUUUACAUUGUAGAAGUUAGGGUUCUAGAGAUUUCAGUUGAAAACUGUAAUGCAAAUGGUCAAAUUUUUUGAAACUUCUUGGAAAGUUUUAGGGACUUCUCAUGAAUUUUAUGAUGAAUAGUCAAAAAUGACCGAAUUUUUGAGGAGCUGUGUGUGCAUUUUGAAAUACCUGUGGAGCUGUGUAGGGCAUUUUUAAAUUAAAAUCCAAAAAUCAAUAAUGGAUCAACUAAUUUUUUGGUUCCGAUUUUCAAUUUGCAAAUUUGUGGAUAUGGUUUUUUGAAAAAUAUCAAACUCUCAUUCUCAAAGUUUUCAACCGACUUUCUAUCAAAUGUUAACCUUUUCCCUUCGAACUUCAAUAUUUCACAACCCAAAAGGUUGUCAUAAAAUAUGUUUUCCAUUCGCAAAAAGUUCCCAAUUUCUAUCUCUCCACCAAUUUUUCGAUCCAAAAAAUAUAUAAAUCUUCAUAGUACGUCAACUUUUUUUUUGGUUGGUGCUCGCCCUACGCGCGAGCUUUCGUUUUCCUCCUCGGGGACCAUCCAAACAUUUCCACACUUUUUUGCACAUCGCAGAGAAAAAUAGAAACAAAGAAGGGGUAAAUGGGUGCAUUUUAUUUGAUAUUAUGUAUUGAAAAAAUUUGAAGGGAUCUUUGGAAAAACGAGAUUUUUUGCAGAAUCUUCGGAUAGCUCUACCUCAUAUUGGACUUGUUGCAUUAUCCAUGGUUUAUACAUUAUUAGGAGCAACUAUAUUUCAUUAUGUGAGUUUUUAAAAAAACUGAUUGAACUGAUUUUUGAAAUUUUUUUAAAAUUUAACGUUGUGAGAUACCUUAUUUUAAAUUUAAAUUCUAAUUUCUCGAACUUGCAAAACCUCAAAAUUCUCCACAAUGUUCACACAAUUCUAGAAGUGGGACUAAAGUUGACAAAAUUCACCGAGAUUCAGAGAAUAAUAGUUACUAAUAAAAUAUGUACAUCCUUACAGUAUGAAAAACCAUUCGAAGAACUACUUCGGACCGAAACAUCAGAAAGAAUAAAUCACACAAAAACAGAGGUUCGAACAACAUUGAUCAAUAUGUUUAGGAAUAAUACAAGUAUUGAAUUAUGGAAUCAGACAGCUGAUGAGGGGUAAUUUUUUUUAUUUUUUUUUGGGCAAAAAAAAAAUGAGCUUCUCUAAUUUCUACUCAAUUUUUCAGAAUGAAUCGUCUGAUACGUGAUGUGUUUCUCGAUUAUACAAAAAAUUAUAUGACACCAGAUGAUAUUAUAACAGGAACAGGUCCAGUUAAAUGGUCAUUUGCUUCAAGUAUUUUCUUCUCUUGGACAGCAAUUACAACUAUAGGUACAGUAGUAAUCCAAAAGCACUUUGAUUGACAAGAUUAGGGCCCAUUCAUUUGGAACCUAAUCUCAUUUCAGUUUUUUUGACAUCAUUUUUUUUGACAAUGAAAUCGGAGAGAGGGAAAAAACAAAACAAAAAAUCAGUGUUUUUGUAGGAUAUGGUCAUAUUGUUCCUCGAACAACUGCUGGUCGAGUAGCCAUCAUAUUUUAUGCACUUCUUGGUAUUCCAUUGAUUCUUGUCACAAUUGCUGACAUGGGUCGAUUUCUAUCUGGUGGAAUUAUUUGGGUGCAUAAUGUUUAUCGAAAUGCGAUGGAUAUGUGUUGUGCGCAUUGUUGGAAGUGUUUUAAAUGGUUAUGUUGUCGAGUUAGGCUAAGAAGGAGGACUAAUAUACAGGUGAGCGAUUUGGGAAAGGUUUUGUGAUCAAGUGGUGUUUUGUUAAAAUUCUCAACUUUUGCCACGUCAUAACUAAUUUCCCAAGUUGAGCUAAGUCCGUUACAUUAGCCGAAAAAGACUAUUUUCGCAGAACUUUUGGUUUAAAAUCCAAAAACGCUCAAUUCAAAAAUGUUUAACACAUUUGCUUACCAAAAUUCUUACAGAUGCCAACAAUUGAACUUCUCCAACGUCAGCAAAAGAUGUACAAUAACAAUAACAACAAUGCACCGAUUGCUGCAACUGCUGCGAGUGCUGGUGGUGGAACUGGACGAAAAAAGAAAUCAGCAAGAGAUAAUAUUAGUGAAGCUGGAACUUUUGAUGGUUAGUUUUUGAAUUUCAAUUUCAAACUGAAAUAUGAAAUCAUUUCAGACAUUAGCGAUAUUCAAAAUAGUGAAAAUGGUGAUAAUGAGGAGGGUCGAGAAAACGAUGUAGAAAUCAUCGAACCGCCACAUCAUGAAAGACGGGUAUCAGUCGUAUUUAUUCUUUUUAUUAUGUUAGGUAAGUUUUCGUCUGAGUUGAGCACAAGUUCGAGAAAAGGAUCACUCAUUUUUAGGUUACGUUGCGGGUGGUGCCUAUUUCAUCCGAUAUUGGGAGACUUGGACGUUUUUCGAAGCAUUCUAUUUUUGUUUUGUUACGGUUACAACAAUCGGUAUGUUUUAUUCUAGAAUAGUUCUUAUUUCUCAAAACCCAUGUCUUUACAGGGUUUGGUGAUAUUGUUCCGUUGAAUGUUGAGUUCUUCCCAGCUACUUUAGCCUAUAUUGUUCUUGGAUUGAUUAUCACAACAAUGUGUAUUGGUGAGUUUUAGACUGAAUAUAAGAAAUUAUCUUGAGAAAUUCAACAACUUGUAGAUCUCGUUGGUUCUGAAUAUAUUCGAGAUAUUCAUUUCUAUGGUCGAAGUCUUGGUAGAUCAUUCAUGACAAUUGGUGGAAAAGUGAGUCACAUUUUUCAUUCAUAAAAUAAACAAAACUUGUAGGUUGUUCAUCUUGGUGAAGUCUUUGGAUAUGUCGCGUUCCUUCAAAAGAAUUAUGGUUUGACACCAGAGCAACUCAAUAAACUUGCUCAAUUACCCGAAGAAUAUCUGCUUGAUUGUCUAAUAAAUGGUCGACAACCAGAUUUGAAUUGGAUUGGUGGUCGACCUUAUGUUCCACCGGAUAUUUAUUAUUUCAAAUGGAUUGAACAUCCUCGAACAUUAUCUUUUGCAUCAGAUCGAGUUUUACAAAGUAUGGAAAGUCUCGAUUUGAAUACAAGUAGAUGUUCGACUGCGCGAACUUUGACGCCUCGAGAAUAUUAUCAGAAGAUUCUAUUCCAGUAUUGUAAACAGUUACAACCAACUGAAGAACCAAUAGCUGAUAUUGAUAAUUAA